AUCACUCGAGCAGCUCAGUUCGACACUAGUUCAGUUCAGUUUAUUACGGAUUCACAGUGAAUGGGAUUUUAUUCUCUUGAUAAAUAAUCAUCAUUUUUAACAAACUAUAACUUGUAUUAAUAAAUCAAGUUCGUGUGGUGAUUUGUUGAAGUGAUAAAUAAAAGUGUUUUUAUUUAUUUUUUAUUUUACUACUGGAUAAACUGUUUGUUAAUUUUAUAUUAGUGACUUAAAAUGGUUAACAUGGAAGGUUCAAGUGAGCAGCACACUGUAACGGCAUCUCCGCCACCAGUGCGCUCAACAUUAAAAACGAACUUUAGUAUUCGGAGCAUCUUACCAGAAGCAUGCUCUGGUACGCAAUCCUCAACACCCGCGACAAGUGAGUCCAUUUCGGCAUCAGAUGUAUCUCAUGUUGACGACAGUGGUGAUGAAUCAAGUGAUUUGGAUGUUACUGGCGACGGUGCUGAAACACCGCCGUUAGAUUGUUCAAGAAACGCCUCAUCAUCAUCUGAUAGUCCAUCCAGUCAACAAAAUUCAAAUAACGAUGAGAGUAAGAAAAAAACUGAAAAACCGCCAUACAGUUACAAUGCUCUUAUUAUGAUGGCCAUUCGUCAAAGUCCAGAAAAACGUUUGACAUUAAAUGGUAUCUAUGAGUACAUCAUGCGAAAUUUUCCGUAUUAUGAGAAUAACAAACAAGGAUGGCAAAAUUCAAUUCGUCAUAAUUUAUCAUUGAACAAAUGUUUCGUAAAAGUACCACGUCAUUACGAUGACCCUGGUAAAGGAAACUACUGGAUGUUGGACGCAAGCUCCGAAGAUGUAUUUAUUGGUGGAAGUACUGGAAAAUUACGAAGAAGAACAACAGCAGCAUCAAGAUCGAGAUUAGCUGCAUUUAAACGUAAUGUUAUCAUGAGUUCACUUUAUCCAACUCCAUAUGCUCCUCAUGCGUGGCCAGGAUCUAUUUAUACAUUACCGUACUUACAUCGUGCGGCGGGAUAUCCACCGGCAACUGGUCCAUACGCAACUCCAGCUGGUUAUCCAGCCAGUUUGUUACCUGGUGCUACAAACGCUGGCAUGCCUUGUAAGCCACAUGCACUUCCAGCAGGAGCAGCACCUUCUGCUCAUGGAGGAUUUUCCAUGGAAAGGCUGCUUCAAUCUGCCCCAGUUGGUUAUCCAAAUGGUAUACCAGCACCUACUAGUGUACCAACGCCAGCAAAUCCUUACGACUUCUAUGCAACACUGAGGCAUUUGGCUGUGCAGCAACAGCAGCAGCAACAACAUCAUCAAGCUGUUUUCGGACAGCCACGGUACCACUUGGGACAGCAUAUUCCGAGUCAACCAACAUCGACGACGGCAUCUCCAGGUAGUAGUCCCGAGCCAAUGUCACCACAUUCACCACCGGUAUCACUUUGCAACUCCGUCGGACAACAGACACGACAACUUCAACCAAAUUCGCCCCAAUUAUUGCUUAAGCCUAUAACUGUUCUUACUGGUCGACAAAGUUGAAUUUUUUAGAUUCAUUUAUUAUUUUAAAUCAUUUAUUUUUUUUUUUGUUCAAUUCACGUAAAUUAUUUUAUUUUAAAUCAAAAAAAUUAAAUUCAAAAGUGAUUAUCGACUGGAUUUUUUUUUUUAACUUAAAAGUGAUAUAAUUUUAUAUAUAUUUGAACAAGUAGAUUUUUUUGUUUUUAUUAAUUAUUGAUGAGUUUGAUGAUGAGUUGCAAUUACCAAAUUUGAAGCUAUGAGCCUCAUGAGUGAUGAUAUUAAAAAGUAAGAAUAUAAAAUAUAUAUAUUAUUUAUAUAUAUGUAUAUAUAUAGAAUUGUACAUAGGGAUUAUUAUUAUGUAUAUAUUAUAUGUAUUGAUAAACUAAAACAAAUAAAUGUAGGAGGUUUAUUAUCAAACUCUCGUUAUGUACGAUGUGUAUUCGCACUGCAAUUGAUUUUGUUAAUAGAGCGCUGAAAUGUAAAUAAUUAUAUAGAGCGAGGAGAGAAAGAUUAAAUAGAUAAUUAAUUUUAUUAUUGAUAUCUCAAUAUAAAAUUUUUUUCUUGUAUAUAAACGAAGCAAUGAGAGAGUGACAGAUAUUGUCUGUAUAAAUGUGAAAAUAAAUGUUCAAAAUUUCUUUUUAUAUAAA